AUGCUGCGCCAAGGGCAGCUGCGCAUAGGUACAGGAAGCGCCAAGCGCGCUCCGGAUCUUCAUGAAGCGACAUGUGGUACAAGGCCAUCUAGGCCAGGGGCGGGUCAUAGCGCCAGGGGCAGGGUCAUAGCGGUCCAGACCACUGUCUUUCUGGGCGCGGGCGGCGCACCGCCACGCGGGGAGUCUAGCAGAGCGGGGGCAGGCGUAGGCAGAGCAGGGGCUCUUGUAGGUGUUACAGAUGCCUGUAACACCUUUUCCACUUGCUCCUCCACUGCCAGGGCCUCUGCAAUCCUUUUGCAUGUGCCCGUACUUGCCACAGCAGUGUUGUCAUUCGAGGAUCCAGCCUUCUUUGAUUUUGAGGCCCAGCGGUCGUAUUCAUCAACAAUAGUCGACAUCAAUAUAUCAGAGGACACUGGUAGCGAGCUCAUAAUCAUAGCCAUGAAGCUUUCAUUGGAAGGUGCAUGUCCCAACGAGGACAGUGUGCACUUCUGGUCCUGGAGCUUUCGCAAUAGCUCCAUGGACACCACACGCAAACACUGCUCAAACAGGCUCAAGAGGCUCUUCCAGCUCUCCAAUCAUCCCCCAAAUUCGCCUAUUAUCCUACCACAGUCAUUCCUUAUCAGCUUCUCCCAUAUUUCCAAGUUUUCAGCAUCUUGUCCUCCUCCCCAGCGCAUUGAUAAGCGUUUUUCUCACGCGUUUUUCGAGCGGAUCUCUCGCAAACUUAGGGUCUUGUGGAGUUAUCGAGUUUUUGGUGUUUUUGAGAAGUUGAGGGGAGAUAAGGGUUUUCUGGGUGCUCAAAGGCCUGUGUCUUUUAGCUCUUUUGGCCAUUUACCAUCCUUCAGUGGCUCUGUCCAUUGCCCCAAUCUGCUUCUUGAUAGGACCAGCCCUUGUUGCCCUGCACCAUACCCCUUCCUCCUCCUCCCUCUUGCACCUCCGCACUUUUUCGCACUUUCACCAGCCCAUUUUGCCUUGGAACCCCAUCGACCCUAUACCCGUUUUGAAGCCCUCAUUCAUGGCUUUCAUUCGCGCCCAUCGCCGCCCCGAUCUGCUCCGUCGUUCGCCCACCAUUUGCGUUUUCCGUCGCCCCCCACUUUAUCGCACCUUUUCCACCAUUUUAUCUAUAUCUCCUCACCCUUUGAUCGCGCACCUAUCGACCCUAUACUCAUUCUGACCGCAUUCGCCGCCGCUUUCCAUCCGUCCGAUCCGCUUCCAGAUACGUCCGCGCGUUCCUCCGCAAUCCGCCAUUCUCGUGUUUCCCUCCAUUUUCCACCAUUUCCUUCAUUUCUCACCCAGUUCUCCACCAAUCCUAGUCGACCCUAUACUCAUUUCGAAGCCCUCGUUCGCCUCUUUCUAUCCGUCUACUCCCCAUCGUCACCCAUGCAACCAUCAUCGCGUUUUUAUCACUUUAUCGUCGCUGCUCCUCCAGUACUCAAAGCAAAUUUACCUGGCAUACGCGUCAAGGAAACAAAAGGUGUUUGAGGACCCCCAGGUUAGUUUUCUUAGUUUAGCUUAGCUUUGGUUUGCAUAGGUAGAUGACUGGGGACAGUCAUGAUUCAAAGUUCCCAUGAGAUGUAGGGAUUCAUUUCUGGCUGGGCUUGCAGAGACUGUUUUUACCUUAGUGUUAUGUUUGCACUUUUGUAGCUUACAUAAUCAAGUUACCUUUUCACCAGUUCU